CUGUUGCGAGGACGACUUCUGUGCGCUCCGUUGUUUUUGUCGCUUGUUUUAACAAAAAAUGUUUAACAACUCGUUCCGUCUUUAUAAACAAUGAUAACAUAGUGCAAAAAACGUGAUUACUUAAUAGAAAAUAAUAAAGUGGUUCGUCGAAAUGUGUUUUCGGUAAUCAGUGAAUAACAUGGCUUGUGGAUUGCAAAACUACGAGGACGGUGAAAUGCCCGCGGCAGAACUUGAGUUCCUAUCGAAAUGGGGCAGGUUUUCCGACUGGUUGCAUUGCAUAUGUGUGGUUACGUUCGACUUGGAGCUCGGACAAGCUAUGGAAAGCGUGUAUCCUCCUGGUGUAAAACUAACAGAUCAGGAAAAGUGCAAUAUUUGUUAUUUGGCGUUCCCUGACUCAAAUUCAGGAUGUAUGGGAGAUACCCAGUUUCAUGUUCGUCUGCGUUCUCGAACGGGACUGACGCGGCAGCAGCUCUUAUACAACGAGGAUAGCGUGCCUACAUUGCGCGCUGAUUCUACGCACUACUGGGGCUUCGUGUACUUCAGACAAGUUAAAGACCCGUCGCUACCGCGCGGAUAUUUCCAGAAAAGUAUAAUUUUACUUACUCGAUUACCUUUUAUAAAUCUCUUUUACAAAGUGAUACAGUUGAUUGCUCCCAAACAUUUCGAGGAAGGGGAAAGAAGUCUAGAGGCUGCCUGCCAUGACAUUAACAGGUGGCCUUCUCUCGAUGCUGGGCAGAAUGUAUUGUUACCAGUGCUCGGUACAGUUUUUCAGUCAUACAUUCCUAACCAACAGACCGGAAAGAUUACUCGAUCAGAUAUAGCUAAACAAGUGCACUCACCUAAUGUACCACACAUUCUUGCAUCCAUACAGGAUGUCAAUGUGUUUGAUGUGCUGUCUAGUGUCAUUUCACACUUACACUUGUUGUGGGAGUUAGUGCUAACAGCAGAACCUAUUGUAGUAAUGGCAAGCUCACCUACAGAAUGUUCAGCACUAGUUCAAGCUCUCACGUACUUGAUCCAGCCACUGCCAUAUGCAGCAGAAUAUAGACCAUAUUUCACAAUACAUGACAGUGAAUUCAAAGAGUUCACAAGGAAACAAUUCAACCCACCUUGUGUUAUACUAGGUGUGACCAAUCCAUUCUUUACAAAAACAUUACAACAUUGGCCACACACCAUUAAGCUGGGUGAUGCAACAUCAAUAAAAACAAAACUACGGAAAGUUGGUAAUCUUAAGCUUCUAGAUUCUGCUCCUGGAGUGUAUACUCAGUAUAAGCCAUUCUUAGAGAAAGAUAAAGCAAUAAUUAAGAAACUGCACAAUGGGAUAAGAACUGACCGCCCAUCUGAGGUACAGACUGCUAUGGUCAAGCGUCACUUGCUGGAACUGACUCAAAGCUUCAUGAUUCCCCUAGAAAGAUAUAUGGCAUCUCUAAUGCCACUACAGAAGAACAUUUCGCCAUUCAGAGCACCUCCAGUACCAAACCCAUUCAACCCUGAGGAUUUCUUUGCAACCCUUCAGCAGUCUGGACCUCAGCUGACAACUGGUAUAAAAGGCGAUUGGAUUGGACUGUACAGGAACUAUUUCAGAACACCAAACUUCAGUGCAUGGUUCCAUGAGAGACAUAACAAUUUGACGAAUAAAUUGCAUGCCUUGCAGUUGGAGGCUUUAGCUGAAAGUGACUUAAAGAAAUGGUCAGUUGGUAAAAAAGAGGUUGAAAUUGUGGAUAUGGUCUUGAAACUUAGGGAGGUCUUGAAGAGUAACCCUCCAGUGGCUGAUAAUACCAGGACAUUGUUGGCACGGCGAUUGGAAGACUUGAACUGUGUUCUACCAGAGGAUAUGAAGUCUAUAUUGAAUGCGGCUACGUGACAGAAGCACUGCUGCGCCUCAAACUUGAGAGGAUGCAGCGAUGACUGCAAGACGCAAUUCAAGAAAUUAAGAUAUGGCCAGCCUAUUGUGUGUAUGUGAAAUGUUGGAGCAGUUUAUUUUGAAUGACAAAAAGUAAUUGUAUUGCAUUUAAGGGAUUGCGAAAAUGAAGUUGCGAAUGUAAACUGUUUCAUUGCAAUAAUUUGUUACUUGUGUGUGGUAAGAAAGAACCAUUUCAAUGUCUCAACUACACAUGUUUAUGUUUACUAUCUCAUUAGAAAUUAUGCUUUUUAAUCUAGAUAUUAAUUAGUUAAAUACAUUAUAAUGAUACCUCUUUAGUACUGAUAACUUUUAUAAUAACAUCAUAGCUAAUGGCAUAAAAUGCUAUCUUGUUUGACAAAUUAAGUCCAUGC